AUAGGUAGACCCGUGUUCAACGCUAAAAACACCCCUCGUCAUAUCGUCUACCAUUUACCGUCUACUACUGGACAUUCACCUUGCCUAUUACUCUUCCCUUAUUAUUCCCUAGUCUUAUUUUCUUUCGUCCUGGCCGCUACUCCUGCGUUAGCAUAUCACCUGCCCACCCCUCAAGUGUAAUCGACCGAAUCGACUUUAUCGACUCCCACCUUAUCAAGCCACCAAUCUGCAUAUCCUAUAAUCAGAGAGAACCAGCCAACCAGUCAACCAACCAACCAACCCACUCUCUUUCUCGAGCUCGCCAGCCAGUACAUCACGGUACAUAUAAUUCAUCCACUCAAAGGGUUUGUUGCUCUCGCUGCAGCAAAUCUUUAAAAAAGAGGCAGACUUAAAUUAAAGUCACUUAUAUGUUGUAUUCUCAACAUCGACAAUCCAUGAAAAUCUGCCCCGAUGGCUGAUCAAUGUAUUGUCUGUCUAGAAACUCUAGACGCCCAAUCGUCGCCGUCGCUUUCGCAAUUGCACGAACCUCCCGAAGACGAUCUCCCACAGAGCUCGUCGUCUGCUGCAGGCGAAGCAAAUGCAAGUGCACCGGCACGACUACCAUCGAAGUCUCCACUAGGCAUCCACCCCAGCGGCGAAGACAGUAACAUUGCCGUCAUCCAAAUUUGUGGUCAUGCCUUACAUGAUGCUUGCUUGCGAGAGUGGACGGGAAAGGCAAACAGCUGUCCCAUCUGCCGCCAAGCAUUCCACCUCGUGCAUGUAUAUGAUAAAGUUGGGGGUACCCAAUUGUCAUCUUACAAAGUAGAGGAUAAGAAACAGGUUGCCGAAUUUGAUCCGCAAGCAUGGUUGGAUGACAAUCCAGAGGUGGAAGAGGAAAUAAGGCCUUGUCCCAUCUGCAACCGAUCUGACCACGAGGAUGUUCUCCUUCUCUGUGACAGCUGCGAUGCACCAUAUCACACAUUCUGUGUCGGCCUUGACAGCGUUCCCCGAGGGCACUGGUUCUGCUUAGAGUGCACUGAUACCGGUGCUGAGCUCCUAACUUCCGAACUCCAUGACGAAGAUGUAUCGAUAGACGGCUUCUCCAAUGGACGUUCUGGUUAUUUGCCACGCACCCAGGCUACUAUGCGACGGGCUAGACAGCACGCUCGCUCAAAUGAUUGGCAAGGUGCAUGGGGUCAAAUUGCAGGCCGUGUCUGGGAUGCGUUGAACCUUGACCUUGAUAAUCAUGACGAUGACGACGCGUUACAUAAUUACCGACGAUCGCAACAGAGGAGAGAACAAGACCGUCGCGAGUAUCAAAGAUGGCAACAACGUCUUAAUAUAGCUAGUCGUCUUGGGGCUCGUGAAGUAUUUGCGAAUAACAUCUCGAAUGUCCUACCUCAACCUGUUGCGCAACAACAACAGCCAUCACCACCACCACCCGAAGAAACGCCGGAAGAGAAACAAGCAUGGGGCGCCCUGGAAAAGGCUAUGGAAGUUGAGGUUACUAACCUCAGCCCCCCGGCCUCAAAUCACCGAAAAAGAAAAUCUCGGUCGGUGACUGCAUCUCCAAUCGAACCAACUCAGCAACCGGAACGCAGGCUAAAACGACCACGGACGAGAAGAGCUCCCGGCAUAGAAGCAACCUCAUCCAACAGACCGUUGAUACAGACCAAUCAGUCUACGUCGAACGAAAUCGGAUUAAAUUCCAUAUCCCCUGUUCAAAGCAACAGUGAAGCACCCUCUUUCCUUUCCUCACUGCUGAAAGAAGUUGAAAUGAGUGCGCCCUCUGAUGAUGAGAACGUCCGGCCGAUCUUCACAUUUUCCACCAAGGCGGUACCUAAUCCAUCAUCACCGGUGUCGCCUUCUCCUUCAGCGCAUAGUAGUCCUCGAGCACUCUCUGCCACCCCACCGCCACGAGCAAUCGGCGAUCGUCCCGGCUCACCACUCACACUUAGCUCACAUAUUGAGCCGAUCUACCCCCCUUCGAACUUCCUAGCGACCCUAAGCAACAGUGACCAAAGCGAUUCCGAUUCAAGGUCCCGCCAUCAAUCGCGUCGUCGUCAGAAGUCUCGGGCAACUAAUGGUUCCCCUGAGAUCCGACAACCCGAACCCCAUCGCCGGCAACAGUCGAUAGCUAUUAGAUAUCCGCCUCGUUCCCAGGAUGCGUCUCCUUCACGUGCGGCAUUGCCGUUCGAAAUGAAGGCAAAUAUUAGUGGUAUUGUAAAGGACGCACUCAAGCCUCAUUGGAACUCUGGACAGAUUACGGCGGAUCAGUAUGCGUCUAUUAAUCGCGAUCUGAGCCAUAUGCUAUAUAAGGAGGUUUCAGAGGAUUCCCUCGAUGAGGACGCUCGACGACGCUUUGAGAAGAUUGCAAGCCAAGAGGUAACAAAAGCAGUUGCAGACCUCGAGGUUUGAUGCAUUCUCUUAUCUUAGCUUUGUCAAUUCAUGAAAGCAGCAACAAGAUAGACACGGAACCUGGUGCAUUUUGUGGCGUUUUACGGCUUACUGGGCAUAUCAUCGGACGUUUCGGAUAACCUAUAGAGCCAUUGAUCUUAUCAAGAUACCCUCAUGCGGAUUCCCCUGAUUUUACUUCAGAUGUGGAAG